AAAUGUUCUUUGAAAAUAAUUAUUUUUCUUUUUUUUCAAUCGGUUAAGUUAGGUAUUUUGAUAAAUAAAAAUUAAACAAUUGACAUUGAUUGUGUUGAAUUACAAAAUAUAUGGUGUUACAUAAUAUUGUGUCUACCUAUAUAAUAUAUGUUUAUCUUUAAAAUUUGGUGUUGGUUAUGUUGUAAAUUAGAAGGUAUCUAACAGGAACACCAAAUGUAAUGUCAACAGAUCCGCAUUGGUUAAAGGGAGUAAUAGCUGUUGCAGUUGGCAUUGGAAUAACGGUUGGUUCAGUUGGGGUGGUUUUUAUAACUCGACUACUAGAAAAAAAAGAAAAACUAUUAUUAAAACAGGAAGUUGAUGAAUUAAAUAUUGCAAUACUUGAUCUUCAAGCAGAAUUUAAAGCAUUAAAAAAAAAAAUUAUAAAACCAGGAAAAAGAUCAGCCUUAUCAAGUAGCACCAGUGUUACAAGUGAAGCUAGUUUGUAUACAGCACUAGGAACUGACGACGAAUUUCACGACAUGUCAUCAGAAAACGAAGAAUCCCAACAUUCAAAUAUUCUAAAUGAAAAUCCAGAUGGUAGUUUGUCUUCAGAACAUUUUAGCGAACAUUACACUGGACCUUCUUUACUUAGUGAUGAUAUUUUUGAUCAAGUAGAUGAAUUAUUUGAAGGUUCUGAUGAAGAUAAACUUAAAGCUUAUGAAAUUUUAUUACAACUUAACGAAGAACGAACAGAUGAUAUUGAGGUACUUUGGAGGUUAGCAAAAUCGUGUCAAUUUGUAUCAAAAUAUUAUAUUGCAGCAAAAAAGAAUCUAGAAAAGAGUAAAUCAGUUAUUGAUGAAGGUGUAAAAUGGUCAAAGCAUGCCUUGGAAAUGUAUCCAGGGAAUUGCAAUGCACACAAAUGGUUUGCUAUAUGUAGUGGUGCUCGAGGUCAGUUAGGAUCAACUAAAGAAAAAAUUGAAGGAGGUUAUAUAUUUCAAAAUCACAUAAAUGAAGCAAUAAAAAUCAAUUCUCGUGAUCCAACUUUAUAUUAUUUAAAAGGAAAACUUGAAUAUGAAGUUGCUGUUUUAUCAUCUUUUGACCGGCGUAUAGCUAGUUGGUUGUAUGGAGAGGUACCUAAAGGUACAAUACCAGAAGCGAUUGAACUAUUUUUAAAAUUUCAACGCGAAUCUCCGAUUCAGCUAAAAGACUGUCACCUUCAUCUUGCCAAGUGUUACAUAGCUAAAAACGAGUAUGAAACUGCCGUGAAUUGGUUGGAACAAUCAUUGCAGCUCCCCGCUAAGGAUUCUGAGGACAAAGAAACGGAUAACGAAGCCAAUCAACUUCUCAAGAAAUAUUUAAAAUAUAAAAAAGUUUAAGUUCCAUUAGAUUUUCUGAGAAUUUUUUUAUUAAUAAUUUUUUUUUCUUUUAUGGCCAAACUACGUGAUUUUUAAAUAUUUUAACUCUAUGUAUGUUUAGUUUAUUUAUUUUUUGGUGUAAUGUAACAGUGGUAUAUUAUUAUUUAAUUUUAAUUCAUUUCUAUACAAUGUUAAAAACAAAAAUUUUUUGCUUUUCUCUGAAAUUUUAAAAUUCCAAUCAUAAUUUUGAAAAUAUUAGUCCCCAGUUUUAUACAGAGUAUUAUUAUAUUUUUUGAGACUAUUAAUUUAAUUUAUUUAGAAUUUUAUGUUCAUAAUUGUUGUUUUUACUAAUAGUAUACACAAGAAAAACAAUGUUUGAUCAAAGUAUGUUUUGAUUUAAUAUCUACAUGUCUACUUUUUUUUUUAAGAAUUUUACCAUAAAGAACUGCCAUGUUACCUCUCAAAUAUUUAUUAAAUAUUUCUUUUUUAUUGUAACCUUGCAUACACCACUUUUGCAGUAUGACUAUAUGAAUAAAAGUAUAUAAUAUAAAUUAUUUGGCAUAUUAAUGUUGAUUUAAUUUAAAAAAAGUGUAACUAAUUACGUAUUAAUAGGAAAAAUAUAAUUGUAAUGAAAAUAAAUAGAGAAUAUAGUAUAUUAAUAUUGUAAUUGGUGAAAAAUUAAGUUGUGAACAAUUGAUUUCUGUCCAUAUGCGUUACUUUUGUUGUUGUAUAUUUAUUAUUUAACCAUUGAGGAUAGUUUAGAUAAUAUUAUAAUCUACUCAAUGAUAGGUUAUAUAUAUAUAUAUAUAACUGUUAAAUUUUAAAUUGUCUAAAAAAAAAAAAAAAAUGUAACUUGAUAAAGAUGUGAACACAAAAUAUAUUAUAAUCUAAAAAUACAGUUUAAUUUAACCAAACA